UUUUGCAUUCAGUCGAUGAGCCGAUUUAUUUUAAAAGAAUAAAAUUAAUCUUAAAAGCGAACAUUUUGAUCAGACUUAUUUCAAAAAUAACAAUGAUAGAGCGAUUGCGGCCAUCAUUACUCUUGACCUGCAUACUUUUAACUAUACGAGAAUUACCCUGCACUGUACUUGAAGUAGCUUCAACUUCUAACCCUGCUUCUGACACAAUCUUUCUUCAAAGUCAUAAAUUCGGAAUAUCCAUUACAAAUUCUACCAACAAACUCGAUACUAUAAUGCAGAACACCAAGAGUGGUACUUCUGUAUUACUAUCAAAUACUGAAUCAACUAUCAAAAAUAUGCAAGCAUUUCAAUAUGUAAACAAUUCCAAGUCAAGAAGAAACGAUAACACUACGGAGCAUAUGGACGUAACACAAUCUGGAAAACCAAAAUUAUUUUACAAAACCAAGUCCCCUGGAAAAAGAAUACGAUACCGUCGUGCUAGAGAUAAAGAACCUCCAAGUCAGUCAGAGCUUCAACCGGAGGGCUACGUUUAUGACCUUAAUCGUUGUCAAUAUGUAGACGAUCGAGUUUUGUGUGGCUAUGAUAAAAACCCAGAUGAACCCAGGAAAAAAGAAGUCAUUGAUUUAGAUGAUCUUUGCAGAUCUCAUGGAGACAGAAUAGAAUGUGGCUAUGUGACUGGUCCUUACCCUGAUCCAUAUAAUCCAGACCCGGAAAAGGAUAAGAUUGCUAAGAUAGUUUUAUCGAAUUAUUUUAGUAAUAUAGCGCGAUCUGGUGGUAAUCUUGAUUUAAAUGAUACAAAUGACUACAGCGAAGCACUGAGAAUGGGAAGUGGUCCAAACUCAUUACAAAACGAAAUAGUAAAAUUGAGAGUUGAAAUUUCAAAACUUGUGGCUGCACUUCCAGGAAAUACUGGAAUUCCUUCUGUAUCCAAUAGAGUUCUUAAUACCACUCCUUAUACCAUUCCUAUGUCUACAAAUACUGAUGCUUCUACUAAAGAAACGACCAAAUUACUUCCAGAACAAUAUUUAGAUCUAUCGAAAAUACUAAAUUUACGUAGUGGGACUACUUCAAAAUUAACUCUUUCACAUCUUAUGUUUGGCACUGAGGUUACAACUCCUAAGUAUGUUAAAAAAGAGAGCGAGACAAAAUGUGUCGAGAAAGGCGGGCGUAUAUUUUGUCCUACAGGUGAUACAAUCCCAAAGCCUUUUGAGAAAAAGGGAGAGAAAAAAUGUGUAGAGAAAAAUGGAAAAAUAUACUGUCGUACAAUAUUAAUAUAAUGAAAAUGUAUUGUAGAAGUAAAAGUAUUUUAGUUUGUAGGCAAGUAUUAGCCCAAAUGAAAUAUGUACAGUGAGCUGCAAAAUUACUUGGAUAAUUUAUGAUAUUUUUUUGAUAAAUUCGUCAUGCACCUCUGCAGCUCGCUGUACCUACUUUAUUCGUACUUAUGUCUGUAGGUACUUAGAUUGAUAAUUCAGCUACUUUAAAACUACUUACAUUAACAAAAUGUACGAUUUGCUUACUCUACACAACUUUUAAACACGCCAAAUAAAUUAAAAAAUCAUAGUCAUACGUCUCAUAAAAUGUUAAUGCUUAUAUCGGUAAGUUGACUCCGUAAGUCCAUAUUUAAACAAACA